CCGGCGGAAGUUGAAGGCGCCACCAGCUCGGUCCAUUCUUUUCUGGCCGAAUUGUGUGGCCUGCACGUUGUCGACACAUCGAGCCACAAUGCAGAUUUUCGUCAAGACAUUGACGGGGAAGACCAUCACCCUUGAGGUUGAGGCUUCUGAUACGAUCGAAAAUGUCAAAGCCAAGAUUCAGGAUAAGGAGGGCAUUCCUCCAGACCAGCAGAGGUUGAUCUUCGCUGGAAAACAAUUAGAGGAUGGCCGUACUCUCUCUGACUACAACAUCCAGAAGGAAUCAACCCUUCACUUGGUGCUUCGUCUUCGUGGUGGUGUCAUUGAGCCCACCCUGAGGAUUCUGGCCCAGAAAUACAACUGCGACAAGAUGAUCUGCCGCAAGUGCUACGCCCGUCUUCACCCAAGGGCAACCAACUGCCGCAAGAAGAAGUGUGGACACACGAACAACAUUCGCCCCAAGAAGAAGUUGAAGUAAACAGCAAAACCAUGUGCAGGCAGUCGAAAAAUACUUUUUGUAUUAUUUUUCGAUUGUGCAGAAAAACGCAGAGCCUGUAUCCUAUUUCUAUCAAUAAAUAAAACGUCGGAAUGACAUUUAAAUCCUG